UUAUCCUCAUUACUGACCAAUUUGUAGAAUAAAGUGUUGCAAAUUCUUGGAUGUUGCCGUUGUCCACAAAUCUCUAAACCAUAUCCGAUAUGACAUGUGGCAUAUCGGAGACUUUUCUGGCAUGUUGAUUUUACGAUACUUUUCCAUAUUCGAUAUGACAUGUGGCGUAUCGGAGACUUUUAUGGCAUGUUGACUUUACGAUACUUUUCCGGCAUGGCUUGUUGACUUCACGAUACGGCUCCGAGAGGCUAGCAAUUGAGACAGAAUAAAGAGCCUGCCUCUGUCGAGAGGCUAGCUAGGUCUUUUGGGCGAUUUAGACAGCAACCAAAAAAGAAAAAGAAGGAAGAGAGAGAACUCACCAGCAAUCGCCCGUCGCACCCAUCGCCAUCUCAGAUUCAUGGGUUGGGUGGGUUUCUUACGCAGCUCAAGGAACUGCAGCCCACGUCUGCAACUUCAUAUAAAACCAGAGUAGCUAAGCAGAGAUGGAAAUAUCAAGAAAUUGAAACAGCUCACUGCGAGUGAGUUUUUUUCCUUUCUGUAAAAUGAAUUCCCCUAGUGUCAAAUACAUUUCAGAAUGCUUUGUCCAGCCACACCAUGCCUCAGAAGAAUCAAAGCAGCCCUUCUACUUGACCCCCGGUGAUCUGGCCAUGCUCUCUGUGCACUACAUUCAAAAGGGCCUUCUCUUUUCCAAACCACCAGAAGCAAAACUGGGACAGGAGGGUUUCACGAAUUCUCUGUUGGAAAGGCUCAAACACUCUCUUUCCAUUGCACUUGUUCGUUUCUACCCAUUGGCAGGUCGCUUUGUGACCAAGAAGAACGAAGACCCGCCUUUGUAUUUGGUAUAUGUAGAUUGCAACAACAGCCCUGGAGCCAAAUUCAUAUAUGCAACUAUGGACAUGUCAAUUUCUGACAUUCUUUCACCAACUGAUGUGCCUUUGGUGGUUCAAUCGUUUUUUGAUCAUGACAGGGCGGUCAACCAUGAUGGGCACACCAUGUCCUUGCUAACCAUUCAGGUCACAGAGCUGGUAGAUGGCAUUUUCAUAGGGCUUUCCAUGAAUCACUGUCUUGGUGAUGGAACCUCUUACUGGCAUUUCUUCAACAUUUGGUCUGAGAUCUUUCAAGCACAAGCACAAGGAGAUCAUAAUAAUUUUGUACCCAAUAUCUCAAGACCACCAGUCCUCAAGCGCUGGUUUCCUGAUGGUCAUGGCCCAAUUAUCAAUCUCCCUUUCAAACACUCAGAUGAGUUCAUUGGCAGAUAUGAAGCUCCCAAACUCAGGGAGAGAAUGUUUCACUUCUCCUCGGAAUCCAUAGCCAAACUCAAAGCAAAGGCCAAUGCAGAAUCUAAUACCACCAAAAUCUCUUCCUUCCAGUCCUUGUCUGCCCUGAUGUGGAGGUCUAUUACUCACGCGCGUGGUUUACCCCAAGAUCAAGGAACCAGCUGCAGGUUGGCUGCGAAUAACAGAGGAAGAUUAGAGCCACCAUUGUCUGGAGAUUAUUUUGGGAACUCAAUUCACCCGAUUAGAUCAGAAAUUGUCCCAGCUGGUGAGUUGCUUGAACACGGGCUUGGAUGGGCAGCGUGGAAGUUGCACGAAGCUGUAGUUAACCACAAUGACAAGUUGAUAAGGGAACAUGUUGAUGGCUGGCUGAAGUCUCCAGCUGUUUACCAACUGAGUUUCUUCGAUCCGUUCAGUGUGAUGAUGGGGAGUUCACCAAGGUUCAACUUGUAUGGAAAUCAGUUUGGAAUGGGAAAAGCACUAGCGCCUAGAAGUGGUUAUGCAAAUAAGUUUAGUGGGAAAGUGUCAUCGUACGAAGGCCGCGAAGAAGGAAGCAUAGACUUGGAGGUGUGUCUUCCACCUGAUGCAAUGAGUGUUCUUGAAUGUGACCGUGAGUUCAUGGAAGCUGCCUCUGUACCCCUUUAUUAGUGACAAGUGAUCAUAUGAAUAAGGAUCAUGCAAUCUGCACAAUGUUUAAGUAGAGUUGAGAAUAAUAUGAAUAUGAAUAUGCUUAAUUUGGUAGUGGAAUGAUAGAAAGGUGUGUGGAAGGAAGAGUGAGAAAAAAUGGAACAGAAAAAGAAUAUUCCAUUAAUAAGCACUUAGUUCAAAAGAUAUGAACUAAGGUGGACAGAUGCUUGGUGAGGCUUUAUAUCCCCUAGUGACCAGUUGGAGCACGAGUCAGCAGCUAAGGUGACAGUCAUGCUUCUGGAGAUGGACCUGACUGAAGUUUUGCAUUUGCUCGAGUCACCGGAGGCUUUGAAGGCAAAAGUGGCAGAGGCCAUGGAGGUCCUGAGAAAUGUUGCCCAACAGCAGGCUAACAGCAGCGCUGAUCAACUAUCUUCAUUUUCUGAAUGACAACCUUGUCUCAUAAAUGAGAAGUGUGGCAUCUGGUGUUUCCUCGCUAUGUGGGGGAGUCUUUGGCAGAAGUUUUCGUUUGAUGUUGGAGUGAUUGUAGCUUUUUCAAAAUUAGAACCUAGACUUAAUUUCCUCCUGCUCCUGCAAUUUUUGUUUUGUUUUUGGUCUUUGGUUGUGUAGGAUUUUUACCGUUGCUACAUUUGGCUUUGCAUCAUGGAUUCAUGGUUUUGGUUAAUUUAAUGACUUUAGACAUUUUCUUA